AUGAUUGAUGUUUCAAGAACGCCGGAGUUCUCCAAUUGUGGAAACAUGAAUUCAAUCUCAAUGUGCACAUCCUCUGACCAAGGCUCUACGGAUGGAGCCAGAAGCAGGCAAAGGUCUCACUCCUAUUACAAUCCAAACGACAGUAAGAACUACGGUGAGCAGACACAGACAGAGGACACCUUUCUCAGACCUCGCUCCAGGUCCUUUUACAGUUAUGACAUGCCAGAGCCUGAGAAGUCCGAUUAUGACCUGGGAAACUCUUCGAGCUCCAGUCCACUGAGGCAGAGGGCAAGCUCCCUACUCCAGUAUCAAGUGAACAAAAAGGAAAAUAAGUCCAAAUCUAAACCAAACAAGCACUCACCAACAAGAGAACUGAAUGGAAGUAAAGGCAAUCUCAAGUCAGUGUCGAUGAUGACCAUCUCUGAGUCGGACAAGUGGGAAAUUUGCUCUAGCUCGGGGAUGAAGUAUGGACAGUUUGUGGACUGGGAGAAGAUCGACCCUGAAGCCGCCAUAAAAUACCAACAGAUCCUGCAGAGCGAUCACCAGCAGCUGAAAACUAUGGGCCGACAGGGAUUCUGGGCCAUGCCCCACACACUCAGGGCCAAAGCGUACUAUCACAUCAUCCACAGCAUCAAUUCCAGUAGGUCCGUCACUCCAGACAGAGAUGUCCACCACGAAUUGGCCAAGAAGAUCUUUGGAGAGCAGAAACUCAGCACCCAUCCAGUCCCAGAGUACAUGGAGGCAGGAGAAAUACCAAGAUACUGUCUCAACAAAGCAGGAAUGAACUCCGUUAAAAGGAUCCUCCUUUGUCUCGGCGAUUGCUUCCCAGAUAUGAACUUCUGCCCCAUCCUGCCCGAGAUGGUCUCCCUCCUCCUCCACUUCAGCGAGGAUGAAGCUGAGUGUUUCCACAGUGUGUCCCGGCUUAUCUGCUACAAUGACCCCAACAAGCGUUAUAUCGACCAGACCUUCCUCACAUAUCGCGCUUCCUGCAUGACCUUUGGAGACCUUGCUAACAGGUGUUGCCGAGGCAUCCGUAAGCUGAUCGCCAGCUCUUACCAGAACCUCUUUGAGUUUUACUCUGACUGGAUCAUGUGGAUAUUCGCUGACCUUCCAUUCUCGUAUGCCAUCAGAGUGCUUGAUGUCUACAUAUUGGAGGGCUACAAGAUCCUCUACAGGGUGGCAUUGGCUUUGCUCAGCCUCUACAAAGUGUCUGUGUCAUCUCGAGUGGCAGACGUGGAGGACUUCAGAACAGAUAUGAAAAGGUUUGUGGAGAGUGUAGCUCGCCACUGCACAGCUGAGAAGCUUCUGGAAAGGGCUUUCAUGAUUCCAAUGGCCACGCGGAGAGAGCUUAACCUCCUGUUCAAUGCCAAUAAGGACUCCCUCAUGCAAAAAGGUGUCAGCACACACCAGAAGAGGCAGUCGGUUGAGAUGGUGGACUUUAACAACUUCACCUCCAGUGUUGUGACGGGGACUGGGAUGAGAGUGGUCUGGGCCUGGAUACCCGAGCGCUUUGCCCUUUUCAGCCCCAUCAGGCUGUUUAAUACAGAUGAACAUGGAAGAAGCCUUGCUUCAUUAUAUUCACAUGUGGAGGGACACGAGCCAGUGGUCUUGAUUAUCAAAACUGUGGAUGAAGAGGUCUUUGGUGCCUUCCUGUCAACAGAUGUGGUAGAAAGAAGAAAGCAUGACUCUGAGGGACUUACAUAUUUUGGAACUGGGGAGUGUUUCGUUUUUACGCUUCGUCCCAGCAUGGAGCGCUACCAGCAGGCGAUGGUCAACAUAAUGACCAGAAGAGCUUCCCCUCAGCAGGUUCAAGACAGCAGCUGUGCCUCCUCUCAGGUAUCCAAUAGUGGCUAUUCCCCCAUCACCACAGCCACCACAACUCUUACCUGUCCUGCUGGAACCCCCCAGGACCCCAGCUACCUGACGAUCCCUUUUACUGCCCCAUCAGAGGAACCCAUGACCGCCAAAGAGCCAAAGAGACCCAAGGAACAAGAAGCCUCCAUGUUCAUAGCAGGCAGUGACAGUCAGCUCAUAAUAGGUGGUGAUGGAGGUCACGCAAUCUGCCUACAGGAAGACCUAGAGGGGGGAUACACAGAGCCUUGUGACACAUUCAAGAGCAUCUCACUCUGUAAGGGACAUUUCAAGAUCCAGGCACUCGAAGUGUGGGGCAUCCAGAACUCUAUUUCCUUUUCACACAGUAUUCCCUCUCAGUAGAAUGACGAGAA